AUGAACUGCGAAAUAUGCCAUCUGAAAGAACUGGUGAGCAUCUGAAAGGAUCAAGUCUGAUUCAAAUCGGGGGGCGUCCUUUGCUAUAUUUUCUCCCUAUUCUCCAGCUUGGAGCUCCGUUCUGAUCUGACUUCAACCCUUACUACUUUCCUUCUCUGUGGAUGAUCUAGGAGGUGGAGGUCUUUCAGGUCCGGGAAGUUCUCCGUUGUGAGUUCCUUCAAUUCUUCUUUUCUCGUUCUUGGGAUUUGUCGACUUCUCCAUUUUGGUCGAUCUUAGGGUUUUUAGCCUCCUACUAAGCUCCCAAUAUUACUGGCUAGCAAUUCCUUCUGGUUUUAGUUUCUGUUUAAUUGCUGGGUCGUCUAUCAUGGACCUGAAAGCAUUUGACGCAUUUUUUUCAGUCUCAGCUGCUGCAGCUAGACUGACUGCUGAUGAUCUGACGUAUCUUUAACCGCGAUUAAUCCUGGAAAAAUGGUGACGCGUGAUUAUGAUGAAAUUUCUGCAUCUGCGUUUUGGAUUGUUCUUUCUGACCUUUGUUGGUUCAGGAAUAUGAGUCCUCUCGAUUGUAUUCCUCAUGGAUUGGAAGCCCACUUCAUUAUUCAGCAUAUUUUUGUCGUCACCAUAAUUUAUGAGUUUUUUAAUCGUCAACAAAUUCUUCUUCGGCAUAUGUUCUUUGCUGGUCGUUCUAGUUCAUGUUGGCUAUUUAUUUAUUUAUUUUAAAUCGAUAAGAAAUUGUCAAUUGACGUUGAUUUCGUCGCAGAAGGUUAUGGUUUCUGUGAAUUAACAACGUCUGAAUCUGGUUUCAGGCAUACUACACACAAUUUUGUUUCACAGAGCUCUCGGUCUUGUUCGGCCAAAGGAUGUCGAUUCUGAACACUUUGAAAUCACCUACGUGAGUACGAUUUUUUUUUUUGGUGGUAAUCUCACAGAAGCUGUUCAUGAUCAUCUUAACUCGUUUUGAUUCCUCGGACAUAAUUGAGAAGGAAGCGUUGGUGGGGCAAGCAGAAAAUUAGUCCCCAUUUUUUAAUUAUUUUUUUUUCUUUUGGAUGAUACUAUCAAGUGUAAGAGUGAGAUUGCCUAAUCGUCAUGCGUUUCAAGGAUCUCCAUGGGCUAAUAUCUUACAUAUCACCUGGCCACAUUCCUAUGAUUUUAUCGAGUUCUUAUGAUUUUCAUGAUGCUAAUGUUUGUCUAUGGAAAAUUUUGAGAACUGGGUAUGAAAGUAUCUGAUCCAGAUUCAGGAGCUGGGAGACACUUCAAAAAUCAUAGCGAUGAAGAUCAUGAUUGUGUUCUUGGGAUGGAACUUUUUCCCCAACCCAAGCAGAAAUUGUUCUAUCGUUGACCAAUCCAGCUGAGAGCGUGCCCAUUUUUUAUGGGAUUUAAUUGACUUACUGCGUCGUGUUCUUACGUUUCUGGGGCCCUGUUGAACAGGUGCAGUGUGGAGAUGCAGAGCUGGAGAAGAAGAUCGAGGAAAAAGUUGACCAUUUUUGCAGCUGGGUGGAGAAGCAUCCGAACAAGAAAGGCCAGGUGUGUUAUUACAGCAGACAUCAUAAACUGGUUUGAGACAUCCAUUCAUUAUUUAUUUAUUUACUGUUCUUCAUGUUCUUGGCAUUAUUGUUGUUGGCACUCCCGUGAAGACGAGCCACAGAUUCCCAGAGAAGAUUAACGGUGGCUUGUGGGUUGCAGGUUCUGCUGUCGUUCUACGAGGUGAAGAACAAGCAGGCCUCGUGGUUCACGAACAAGGUCGAGCGCCUCUACUGGGAGCAGUGGCACGUAAAUCUUCACGUUCUGCAGCCGAGCGGCGCCCACGGCAAGCCCCACGGCGGCGCCAAGCCCGCCAGGGAUCCCGGAGGUACGACCACCGCCGCUAUCCCCCUCCCCCUCCCGCCGUCUCUUCAGAUUUGAUAUCUGCCUCGCCGCCAGCAGGAGGCGGCAGAGAAGAGAGCGGCUCCCGGCGGGGGUCCCUGGAGGCGUCCCUCCGCGAUGUCCUCUUCCAAAUCAUCCGGUUUGUCAACGAGAAGAAGGACCACAUCCCCAUCCCCAAUCCGGAUUGCGUCUCCUCCUUCCCCUACGAGAUCACCAUCCCGAGGUUUGCUCCUCCUCCUCGUCUCCUCCUCCGCUCCUCCCCUUUCUGGAUCGAUCUGAGAGACUGAUCCUCUUUCUUUCCCGCUCAGCCAUUCCGAUUCCUCGUUCGGCGUGGAGAUCUUCAAGAGGAUGCUGCAGACCGGGCACCCGACCAUGCUCAGCUGA